GUUGGAUACCCUCAAAGACUUGUUUCCCGCUUUUCCGUUCUUUAAGCCAUCCACAUCUUGGUAGCUCCUCUCACUCUCUCUGUCAAUGGACGACAAGAAGAGGAAACGCCGCCGACCGGAACCGAGCUCCGAUGACGAAACCAGACUCCCCUUCAAGGACCGCCUCAAACCCGACUCGAUUAUCCUCGAAUCCCUCCAAGACCUCCUUAGAACUCACUCCGCUUCCUCCUCUAACACUAAAACCCUAACCCUAACUGAACUCUCCCUGGCCUCCACAUGUCGCGAGGUGACCGACCUCUCCCUCCCCUCCGUCCAAUCCGCUAUCGAGUCCCAAAUCUUGAAGAUCGCCCACUCCAUCCUCUCCGGCCACGGCUUCUCCUUCGACGUGCCCUCCCGCUCCGCCGCCAAUCAACUCUACGUCGCGGAACUCGACCGCAUCGUCCUGAAAGACAAAACUUCCCUCCGCCCCUACGCUAAUAUCUCCACUGUCCGCAAGUCCACCAUCACUACCCGUAUCCUCCAGCUCAUACACCAGCUCUGCUCCAAGAACAUCCACGUUACCAAGCGUGACCUCUUCUACACCGACGUCAAGCUCUUUCAGGACCAGACCCAGUCCGAUUCCGUCCUGGACGACGUCUCUUGUAUGCUCGGCUGCACUCGCUCCAGCCUCAAUGUCAUCGCCGCUGAGAAAGGGGUUGUUGUGGGUCGGCUGAUUUUCAGCGAUAAUGGCGACAUGAUCGAUUGCACGAAAAUGGGAAUGGGCGGAAAGGCCAUUCCCCACAUUGACCGAGUUGGGGAUAUGCAGAGCGAUGCAUUGUUUAUACUCCUGGUUGAGAAGGAUGCGGCAUAUAUUCGAUUGGCCGAGGAUCGGUUCUAUAACCGGUUUCCAUGUAUAAUUGUGACAGCAAAGGGGCAGCCGGACGUUGCCACGCGGUUGUUCUUGAGGAAGAUGAAGAUGGAAUUGAAGCUCCCCGUGCUUGCACUGGUGGACAGCGAUCCUUACGGGUUGAAAAUUUUGUCCGUUUACGGAUGCGGCUCCAAGAACAUGUCGUACGAUAGUGCGAAUUUGACGACCCCUGAUAUAAAGUGGUUGGGGAUUAGGCCGAGUGAUUUGGAUAAGUAUAAGAUACCAGACCAGUGUAGAUUGCCUAUGACGGAGCAGGAUAUUAAGACCGGAAAGGAUCUGUUGGAGGAAGAUUUUGUGAAGAAGAAUCCGGGUUGGGUUGAGGAGCUGACUUUGAUGGUGAAGACGAAGCAGAAAGCGGAAAUUCAGGCUUUAAGCACGUUUGGGUUUCAGUACUUGUCUGAGGUCUAUUUGCCACUCAAGCUGCAGCAGAGGGACUGGCUGUGAGAGGCGUGGCUUGAGUGGGCAGAGUAUUUGUGUAAUGGUAAUUCCUUUGUGUAUCUCUUUGUUUAAUUUACAUUUGGGAUGAAAAAUGGGAAUUUCUCUUUAGUUAUGCUGAAACUUCCCGUAUAUGCCUUCAGCUGAUCAAUAAUAGUAAUGUCGGUUUGUUGA